AUGUUUUCGGAGUUUCUCUGGAAUUCGAGCGGGUUCGACUUGCUUCUCAUGGUCUUCGCCUGGCUCGUGUUUCUAUUCAUGAGCUAUUCGUCGGACGCUUUUGUAAGAACACGACGUCAGGCAGCACUAGCGACUAAUCAACAGGAUAUUCCCAUUACGCUUAGGUCGUUGAUAACAUGCCUCGCACCAGGAAUCCGCGAAAACCUUUGCUUUGGGCCAAGGGUGGAAGUGCUGAAGAAGGAAAAGCUGGGCCUCACAGAGCGAAGAGGCGCAGCAUAUGGAUACACGAAUGGUGUUGACAUUGGCCUUCUCAAGCCUCACAAUGUUCCGAUGAUUGAGGAUGAGACUGAAAUAGGACACCACGUGGGUGCAGUAGUGGAUGUGACGGAUAGCGACGGCGCAGUCGAAUUCGGAGACAGAUUGAAAUUAUUCAAAGCAUUCCGCCUGAAUAAUGGAGGAAUUGCUGAAUGGGAUCGACAAGGCGCUGGAGUGGACGUCGGCUCCAGAGCUACGGCAGCAGAUGAUUUACUUAGAUUGAGAUGGACUCUUUUUGGUGUCAAUAUAGGCCCGAACGCGAGCCGGACCUUGGUUGGUCCUGCACCAUCAACGUUGGGAGGGGAAAAAGGCUCCGGACUGAAGAUGUUCAGUCCACUUCCGCUAUUCUAUCGUGGCCACUACAGCAGUCAAGGCGACUGGUACAGAAAUCAGUUCUACAAACAAGGGGACGAAUACAAGACUCCUGUUCAAAGGGCUUGUCCGUGGUGUUUUGCGGUCGACGACAGCUACCCAGUGCAACGACUGAUUCAAUGA